AUGUCCAAUCAGCCAUACUCUGGCUAUACGGAUAUCAUUACCUAUCUCGAUAACAAUGAUCUAUCUAACUGGUCUUUUUCUGACUUCCUUUGCUCAAAUUUCGAUACGAUCUUAAAUUCAUCACCUGUUGCAAAUGACAUUAAUACUCUCAACGGUACUUGGUGGAAACGUUUCACUUUUGAAGUAGAGGCAAAAGGCCACAAGGCUGUUAAGGUGAAUAUGCUUCAAUUUGUUAAUUUUGUUAGAAAGGCACCUCCUGUCAUGUCACUACCUGACGGUCAUCUUUUGGAAAUCCAAAAUUUUUUUUACAAUGUAAUUUCUACUCGAUUGGAGAUCACGCGACAACAAAAUAUUGCAAUUUUAAAGUCAGAGACUAAGAUUAUUGCGGACAAGCAAGGUGUUGGCCUUGUGAGAGCAUCAUGUAGAUUUCAUGGAUCUGAAAUGAUUACAGAAUAUUCACUUAAUCAAUCAGAUCCAAAACGAGACUUAGAUGAAGAUAUUGGAAGCGAUCUAUUUUCAAAAAAACCACGAAGAAUGGAUGAUUAUACAACUCCGCCAAACAGGAUUAGAAAUUCCAGUCCUCAACCAUAUAAUGAAGAAUCGUCUUCGUCUGAAUCUGAAAUUAUACCAAUUUCACUGACAAAUGUAUUUUAUGAAGAACAACAGCAAGAAUCUUGUGGGUGUGAAUUCAAAAGUGGUUUCAAAUUGCAAGGCAGUCUGGGUCUAUCCAUCUGGAUAUCUGAAAAACUUGCAUCCGCUCAAUCUG